AUGGCAAAUCCAACUGAGCGUGAUUUAGAAGCACAUUUUCGGGAAGAAUUAUUCCAAAGAAGUGAAGGAAAGAAAUCCGUCUUGCUUCCAAAAGAACAGUAUAAUGAAAUUAUUUCAGAACUGACAGCAAUUGACAAGUCCGGCAAAAAGACGCCUCAUGAAUACUACCUUCUGAAGAAGUAUGAGAUCCUCAAGUGUGAAGUUGCGUAUCAGCUGUUGGAUAUUUUUCUUUUACUUGGUGCACCGGAAAUUCUACAAAGUGACAACGGAUCGGAGUUUACUGCUUGUGUUAUUACAGAACUUAAACUGCUUUGGCCUGAUCUCGUAAUGGUUCAUGGAAAACCUAGACAUCCUCAGAGCCAGGGGUCAGUUGAACGAGCAAACUGUGAUAUUAAAGAUAUGUUGGUAGCCUGGUUGAGUGAUAAUAAUACAACAGACUGGACAGUUGGUUUAAAAUUUGUGCAGUUUCAAAAAAACUCUAGCUACCAUUCUGGCAUUAGAAGGUCACCAUUUGCUGCAUUGUUUGGAUCCGAUGCAAAAGUAGAACUGACAACUUUAGCUCUUCCACAUGAUGUAAUUCACCGUCUCCAAAGUGAGGACGAUUUGCUGGCAGUAAUUACGGAAGAAACAACUUCAGAUGAACCACCUGCUGUCGAACCAGUUACUGCUAAACCACCUGCUGUCGAACCAGUUACUGCUAAACCACCUGCUGUCGAACCAGUUACUGCUGAACCACCUGCUGUCGAACAAGUUACUGCUGAACCACCUGCUGUCGAACAAGUCACUGCACUGGGAGUAUUUUGCACGACUCGAAAACGUGCGUGCGAAGCACAGCUUUCACAAGCUGAACGUAUGGUUAAACGAAGUAGUCGUAUUAUGGACCGUGGAAACGUCGGGAACAAUGUAACGAUUCCGAUACCAAUGGUGGAUAGGGGUCGUGGGGAUCCAAGGAAUAUCAUGGGAAUAAUUAUGGAUAUUGAAGAAAAUGACAAUUACACGAUUGCAGUGAAGAGUGGUAUAUUGAGUGGGAAAUAUACCAGGAAUCAGUUUGAUUUAUGUACGUAUGAACUGUAUUCAAAAGACCAUGUGACAACUGAUAGGAUUGUUUCGCUUCGAACUGCUGUGCAGCAAGAGUCGAAGUCAGGUGGUCAAGGUUUCGCCAAAUGCAACUGUACUGGUUCAAAACGUUGUCAAACAAAUCGAUGUAAAUGUUUUAAGCUGAAAGUUAAAUGCAACUCACGAUGUCAUGCAAGUUUGCAUUGUGAAAACGAGGCUUCGUUCUAA